AUGAACGGCGUCUGUUCCCGUAAGAGAUUUUGGGGUUGGGGUCCAAAGAUCGUCGUUGGGAACGGCGUGUUGAGUGUUCCGAAAAGGUGCCGGGUGGUUGAUGGCAACACUCUUCUGCGCUUCUGCCUGCGCUUCUGCUGGGCGCUGUUGCUCGUGACACGCGAAUCAGCGACCCUGGGCUGUGCUGGACGCUUUGCGGACAAUAUCGUUCCGGAGAUCAUCUGGUGGCAGUACGAAGCCUUGCCGCUCACACGCGAACUGCUAGCCUACGCCUUUCCCACUGCGAGGCUGUAUUUUGGGACGACCGACGCGCCGCGCUGCCUCAAGAGGAGGUCCUUCCGUCCGCAAGGCACACGCGGCACCUUCACAGCCGCCACCGGCAAAGCGUUCCGCGCCCUCGUCUGGCGCCGUCUGUCAAACGCGACCAUCGCCGCCCUGCGGUCGCACCUGCCCGCCGCGCUGCGAUCUGCCGGGGCUGCAGAGGCUCCCCUCGAGGUGGUUCGGCUGCCGGAGCGGCCCGACUCGCUUUGCGACCAGGUAAGACGCUACGCCGAGGCGGAUGUCCUCAUCUCGCCGCACGGGGCCCACCUCGUGCACAUCCCGCAGCUGUCUCCCUCGGCCGUCUUCAUCGAGGCGGCCGCAGUAGCAGAGACAAGCUUCGCUUCCCGCAUGAGGAAACCCCAGCCGCCCGACGAGAGGAGCGGGAAGACUGAGGAGCAAUGCGGCAGGGAGGGCGGCACCGUGAGGGGGUGCUUGUACGCCGCGAUGAACUGCUUCGAGCUCGCGGUGGUGCGGGACAAGCACGUCUCAUUGCGCAACAGGGCAGGGCCGCUGCCAGUGCCUCGAGCCGACGCUGCGGCAGGCGGUGGCAUUGGCGCAGGAGGGAAGAGGCUCGGCCGCUGCACCGCGGCGUGCGGCGGGGCGGACCCGACCAUGGUGGUCUUCGGCGGGCGGUACUUGCUCUUCCUGUCCAAGAAUGGCGGGUACUACGCGUCCAACGACCUGGUCCGGUGGUCCCUCAUCGUGCCGACUGGCGCUCCCGACCGACGACUUCGCCGCCAUAUGGAGGGCCGGCUCUUCUUCACCGCGUCGCACUCGAGAGCGCUGUAUACCACCGACGACCCGUUCAAGGGCAAGUGGCGGGAGGUGGCGACCCUGCCCUCGUACGCCGACCCGGCGCUCUUCCUCGACGACGAUGGAAGAGUGUACCUGGCGUACGGUUCCCACCAGACUUGGGGCCCGACAGGUGGGGGCAACGCGUCGCACGUCGUCGAGCUCGACCCGGCGCGGGGGUGGAGGGAGGUCUCGCACCACAGCGCGGUGGCGUUCGCCGACGCCGCGCGGAACGGGUGGGAGGUGAGCGGCAACGGCAACGACGACUACAGACUUGCUCCGUAUGUUGAAGGUCCGUGGAUAACCAAGGUGGGCGGCGUAUACUUCCUCCAGUAUGCCUCGCCCGGCACGCAAUUCUUCACGUACAGCGACGGCUUCUUUGUGGCGAAGAGCCUCCGCGACCUAGGCCACAGCCACCACAGCAAGUACUCGGCCGUCUCGCCUUUCUCCGCCAAGCCGACGGGCUUCAUGCGAGGCGCGGGGCAUGGCAGCAUCUUCCGCGGCCUCGACGGCGGAUUGUGGCACGUCACCAUCGCCGUCAUCGCGAGGCACAUCCGCCGACUCGUCAUCAACCCGGUGCACGUGCAGGGCGAGUGGAUGAACGCGGACACGCGCCCCGACUGGCAGCUUUUGUCACUCCACAAGCCGGCCACAGCCAGCUCCACUUCCGGCGCCAACGCCCCGUCGCGCGCCUUCGACGAGGACAUCCGCACGUGCUGGUCAGCGGAGACCGGCGCUGCGGGGGAGUGGCUGGCGGUGGAUUUGGGCGCCAACGCGACAGCCUACGCGGUGCAGCUCAACUUUGCUGAGGUGGGCGCCAAGCAGACGGGACGCCUCCCGCUCCGCGACGCGUGCCGGUACUACUGCGAGGCGUCGGCGGACGGCGUGCGGUGGACGGUGGUCCCCGAACUCGACCGCAGGGAGGGCGGGCGCGACUCGCCGCACGACUACGUCGCGCUCCGCCAGCCUCUGUCGCUGCGCCACCUCCGGGUCAUCUCGGCGCACACGCCCGCCGGCGCCGCGUUUGGCCUCUCCGACCUCCGCAUAUUCGGCACGACCGCCGCCGUCAAGCCGCCGGCGAGGGUCGGCGCGCCGCGAGUGACCCGCGACAGCGCCGACGCACGGCGCGCCAGCGUUGCGUGGGACGCGGCGGCACGGGCGGAGUGGUACGUGGUGCGCUUCGGCGAGCGCGGCGCCCCCGGCCAGUUUCACAGUUACCAGGUGUACGGCGGGGCAACGUCGCUGGAGACGCGCGCGCUGUCCGCUGGAGUCGAGUAUGACUUUGUUGUCGACGCCUUCAACGAGGGCGGGCGCACGGUGGGCACCCCAACCGCGCCUCGGCUUGCGCAGCGGCACCCGUGAACUCUGAUUCCUUGGUGUUCGCCGCGUGAAAUUCCGCCUCGAAUCCUAGUAGCGAUCUAUCUGCGUGCGUGCGUAUGAG